AUCUCGCGGGGGAUAAGAUUUACCCUCGCUUCACCCGAGGCGACCUUUGUGCAAAAGUCCUUGACAGUGUGUGCUGGGUGCUAGCUUGAGUGUAGCAAUGAACCGGGGCACUUGACCAAGUGAAGCCAAAAAUCAACGGACGUGUGCUGCGAAGACGUCAUGGCUGCAACAUUGCGUUUACUUCGCUGCGGGUCAAGGCCAGGCACCUUUGUGACCAGUCAAAAUCUGGUGAGGUCCUUCAGUGUCUCUGCACAGAGGGGAGGAUUCAAGUAUGUGAAUGCCGAGGAGAUUCCCACAGACAUGAAGUCCAUCACAGACCGAGCUGCUCAGACGCUGCUGUGGACGGAGCUGUUCAGAGGUCUGGGCAUGACGAUGAGCUACCUGUUCAGAGAGCCCGCCACCAUCAACUACCCGUUUGAGAAGGGGCCGCUGUCGCCUCGCUUCAGGGGAGAGCACGCCCUGCGCAGGUAUCCUUCAGGAGAGGAGCGCUGUAUCGCCUGCAAGCUGUGUGAAGCCAUCUGCCCUGCCCAGGCCAUCACCAUCGAAGCCGAGACCCGCGCCGACGGCAGCAGGCGGACGACUCGCUACGACAUCGACAUGACCAAAUGCAUCUACUGCGGCUUCUGUCAGGAGGCGUGUCCUGUGGAUGCCAUUGUAGAGGGUCCUAACUUUGAGUUUUCCACGGAGACCCAUGAAGAGCUGCUCUACAACAAGGAGAAGCUCCUCAACAACGGAGACAAGUGGGAAGCAGAGAUAGCCGCCAACAUACAAGCAGAUUACCUUUAUCGAUAGUCACCACACAUCCACACGCACAUACACAGACAGUGUACAUUUAGCACAUACCAACAUAACCUCUCUGACACACACACACACACACACUGUACGUCCAUACUGUACAUAUUGUAAGAAGACAGACUCAGCUGUAACGGAUGUGCUUCAGGGUUGGAUUUGGAUUUGAUGACGGAUCCUUUGUUUCAAACAUCCCAUUCAUUGUUUGACAUGUUUCAGAUUUCUUUCCAUGGCAUUACAUAUUUAUUGUACACACACAAACAUGAGUGUAGGAUGGCGACCACUACACUGCCUGUCAGUCUGACAGCAUGGACCAGUGUUGGCUCACCAGUGGGGACCGUGUGCUUUUGUCGUCACUGUCCCCCUGGACUCAAACACGGACUGAGACAUGCUGCGACACCGACGGCAGACGUCAUCCUGCUUUAGUUUUGAUGUCACACAAGUGUACAUUAAUUAUUGUCAUUAUCUUGGGUGUAAGUGCAUAAUGUUGUGGUCGUCAUGCUGAGAUCCACCCUGUCUCAAAUAAAGUCCUGGGAGAAACA